AUGCCUAAGAUCACCCAAAUCCUGUUCGACUGCGACAACACCCUCGUUAUGUCCGAGGAAUUGGCCUUCGAGGCCUGCGCGGAGAUUGCCAAUGAGAUCUUGGCGAAACGGAGCAUCACUGAUCGCUACACGGGCGAGCAGCUCAUCCAGGACUUCGUUGGACAGAACUUUCGCGGCAUGAUGAUCUCGCUUCAGGCCAAGUACAACUUUGACAUGCCCAAGGAAGAGUUCGAGCGCUACGUCAAGGAAGAAGAGAACCAGGUCAUUGCCAAGCUGGAAGCCAAGGCGCAACCCUGCAUUGGUGUCAACGAAGAGUUGGAGAAACUCCACCGCCAAGGCAAAUACGGUCUCGCCGUCGUCUCCUCAUCCGCUCUGCGCAGAGUCAAGGCGUCCAUCAAGAAGGUCGGCCAGGACAAGUAUUUCCGCCCAGACCACAUCUUCAGCGCGGCCAGCUCCCUGCCCAAGCCAACCUCGAAGCCCGAUCCCGCUGUCUACCUCUGGGCCCUCGACCGUCUGGGCAAGAAGCCUGAAGAGUGUGUCGCGAUUGAAGACAGCCGGAGUGGUGCACUCGCCGCGAUCCGUGCCGGUAUUCCUCUCAUUGCCUAUGUUGGCAGCUACCAUGGCGAUGAUAAGAGAGCCGAGAUGGCGAAGAAGUUGACCGAUUUGGGUGCCAAGGUUGUCAUGAAGGACUGGGCCGAGUUCGAGUCUUGCCUCCAGCAGAUCGAGAACGAUUCUUAUUAG